UCCGUACAGCCUCUCCCUCACCAAACAGAGCCCGGGCCGGAACUGACUGCGGAACUGCUUCGUACACAAAUUAAAAUGACAGAUGUCACGGUGUUUUUGUCAUGUUCGUUGUUUUUUAUUUCAAUUUUGCGUCCAGGGAUCGGGGCAGAAGUGUCCUUGUGGAAUGUCGACAUCAACUCAUCACAAAAUGCCGUCUUCAGGAAGACAUUGUACGCCAACACAACCAUCUUUAUGAGAUUCCAGGGGGACUUGGCUUUAUGUGAUUCCAACCUGGCCUUCAACAUCAGUUGGUACCUCCGUUCCUCUGUCUGCUACAAUAAAGUCUUUAAUACUCCAGACAACAAGGCACUGACUAUGUUUGGUCUGGAUCACAUGCUGAAGGAGGACUGGAAUGGCUUCUACAGCCAGGGAUACAUGUACUUUGACAACUGCUCAGCUCUUUUUCUACCCAAGGUGUACUACACAGACUUCAGCACCUAUCAGCCCCUCAUCAGCCCACAGAGUGAGGAAGGCAGGCCUUCCAAUCAGAGCGCUCCACAGGGGUGGCUGGAAAAGCCGGAUAUAGGUGCGGUGGCCAAGGCGUGGUUCGACAGCCCCUACCUGUUUAUAGUGAAGGUGCAGCCGCAGCAGCGUGGAGAUGCCAGCGGGGGGCGCCCUGGAGCAGAGGAGGAGGAGACUAAUGAUGUCCCGGGAAACCUGGCCUUUAUCAUGACCGUGGAGAUGAAGGGACCUCGUGAAUACUCCUCCCCUGCAGACUGGCCUCUUAUGAUGUUCUACAUGGUGAUGUGUAUAGUGUAUGUAUUCUUCGGGGCGCUCUGGCUCUUCUGGUCGGCCUGUUACUGGAAGGAUCUGUUGAGGAUCCAGUUCUGGAUCGGAGGAGUGAUCAUCCUGGGCAUGCUGGAGAAAGCAGUCUUCUACUCCAAGUACCAGAGCAUCCGCUACAGAGGAGACUACGUCCAAGGUGCUGUAAUCUUUGCCGAGUUGCUGUCUGCUCUGAAGAGAUCUCUGGCUCGGAUCCUAGUGCUCAUAGUCAGUCUGGGCUACGGCAUCGUCAAACCCAGGCUGGGCACCACAGUCCACCGGCUAGCAGCAGUAGGCCUGCUCUACCUGCUCUUCUCCUCUGUGGAGGGAGUGCUGCGCGUCACAGGAGGUUUCUAUGGGACCGUAGCCCUGGUGGCUAACCUGAGUCUCUCCCUCAUUGACUUCUGUGUGAUGUGGUGGAUCUUCAUAAGCUUGUCCCAGACCACUCGUCUCCUGAAGCUGCGUAGGAACGUGGUGAAGCUGUCUCUGUAUCAGCAUUUCACCAACACACUCAUCUUCUCUGUUCUGGCUUCUAUUAUCUUCAUCAUCUGGACGACCAAAGUGUUUAAGCUGGUCGACUGCCAGACCGUGCACCUUGUGCUGGGGACAAUAAAAGGGUUGGAGGGACCUGUGGGUGGACGAUGCGUUCUGGCGCCUCCUCUUCUCCACCAUCCUCCUGGUCAUCAUGGUGUUGCUACGACCCUCCGCCAACAGAGGUUCUCCCAUUCCCCUCUGAUCGAUGAAGACGAUGAUGAGGAUGAAGCCAAGGAGCCCAUGCUGAAUGAAGCCUUUGGUGAAAGACUUUAACCAGUUUAACGUUAGGAUUUCCUGCUGUAUUGAUAUAAUAUAUGACAAUAGGGAUCUCUAGCAGGGCCGGGGUCAAUUCCAGGCUAGCAGGGCCGGGGUCAGUUCCAGUCGAGCAGGGCCGGGGUCAGUUCCAGUCGAGCUCUCUCUCUCUGAGGUAAACUAGCAGGCCGAGCUCUCUCUCUCUCUGAGGUAAACUAGCAGGCCGAGCUCUCUCUCUCUCUCUGAGGUAAACUAG